GUAAAUCUUUAUUAUUAUUUUCCUCAUCCAGGACGUCAUCCAGUCUGUGAUUCUGCGUUUCUAACUUGGCGUCAGCACGAGAUCAUAAAAAUAUUGCAAAAAUUUCGAUAAUCACAAACCACGAAACUAAUAACUAGAGCUUCAGAUAACCAAGCUUUGCUGAGGCUUCGAUAUGGGAGCUGUAUUAGCACUUUGUACAGCCGGGCAGUUGGCCUGCUGCUGCGGAAGUGCAGCAUGCAGUUUGUGCUGUUCGGCAUGUCCAUCUUGCAAAUCGUCUACUUCUACCCGUAUCAUGUACGGUGUUAUCCUGAUUUUGGGCACCAUAGUUGCCUGCAUAACUCUGUCGCCAGGCCUCCAGGAAACAUUAGCAAAUGUGCCAUUCUGCUCCAACUCAACUCGAAUUUUGCCGAAAGAGAUUACGAUUGAUUGCUCUGCUGCCGUUGGAUACUUGGCCGUAUAUAGAAUUUGCUUUGCUAUGUGUUGCUUCUUUGCCCUUAUGGCUGUCAUUAUGAUCGGCGUUAAAUCUGGAAAGGACCCUAGAGCUGGCAUACAAAAUGGUUUUUGGGGAAUAAAAAUUCUGAUCAUCAUUGCUGCUGCUGUUGGAGCAUUCUUCAUCCCAGAAGGAUCUUUUGCCCCAACUUGGAUGUGGUUCGGAAUGAUUGGAGGCUUCUUGUUCAUCCUGGUCCAAUUAGUGCUCCUGGUCGACUUUGCCCACAGCUGGGCUGAAGAUUGGGUUGCUCGCUACGAGGAAACCGAGUCCAGAGCAUGGUACUGCGGUCUCUUCACUGCCACCAUCCUCUGCUAUGCUCUGGCCGUCACUGGAUUCACCCUCCUGUUUGUGUUCUUCACUCAUGCUGAUGGUUGCGGAUUGAAUAAGUUCUUCCUCUCAUUCAACCUGAUCCUCUGCUUUGCUGUCAGCGUGGUUUCCAUCUUGCCUGCUGUUCAGGAGCGCCAGCCGCGAUCAGGCCUGCUUCAGGCCUCUGUUGUCACUCUCUAUGUCACAUACUUGACCUGGUCCGCCCUGAGCAACCAGCCUGAUAGGUCCUGCAACCCUCGUCUUGGAGAAAUUUUGGCCCCUGGCCAAAACAACAAAACCAGUGGAACAAACUUUGACGCUGAAUCGAUCGUUGGACUACUGAUUUGGAUGGGAGCUGUACUGUACUCCAGCAUUCGCACUGCCUCCAACCACUCCAAACUAGCAAUGUCAGAACACGUUUUGGUCAAGGACAAUGGAGCUUCAGAUUCUGGACAUGAGCCCAUUGUUGGAGAUGAUGGUGAAGACACAGAAUCUGGUGGUCACCGUGUGUGGAACAACGAGGAGGAUGGUGUUGCCUACAACUGGUCAUUCUUCCACUCCAUCUUUGUCCUGGCCACUCUCUAUGUCAUGAUGACCCUGACGAAUUGGUUCUCUCCCAACUCUUCCCUGGAAACUUUGAAUUCAAACAUCGCCUCAGUAUGGGUGAAGAUGAUCUCCAGUUGGCUCUGCAUUGCGCUGUACUCAUGGACGCUGGUGGCCCCCAUUGCACUGCCCGAUCGAGACUUUGACUAAUUUAGUUGUGUUGGGAGGACUGAUAGAGGUAAAGAUACGUUUAAGGGGCGGCGCCACUAGAAGGUUAAUUUCUGCUUAACUUUUUCAUUUUGUUUAAGUAAUCAAGUAAAUUAAUAUUCAUCCUUCUUCAACUCGUAGCAUGAAAAUUCUCUGUGCAUGCUUUAAGUGGAAAGUUCAUAACUAAAAUUGAGUAAUCUACUAGUUCAUGUGUAUCAUAAUAUAUUGUGCAAGACAGAUGUCGAUUGACAAAUUCUUUGAAUGUAAUAAAGUAAAAUAGUAGUCCGUGUAAA